AGCAGCUCACACCUCUUGAAAAAAUGAAAGCGAAAGAGUUUCUUAUAAUUCUCCUUAGAACUCCAGUUCUGACGGGCGAAAAGAGCCGUUUACGAAAGGUAGGAGGUUUGUCGUAGUGGAAAAUAGAUUUCUGGCUUUUCACUAUCUAGCUGUGUCUCCAUGAACAGUGAGUGCCAUGGAUCCACUUCUUACAUUAACAGAGGGAGACUUCUCAUCUGGACACAAUGUAACCCAGGUAAAUAGACCAGACUCACCAUUACCCAGCUAUGUCUCCAUGAAUAGUGAUCCGUCUAUGGAUGUUUUUCUUACAUUCAAAGAUGGCGAGCCCUCACCUGGACACAGUGUAACCCAGGUAAAGAGACCAGACUCACCAUUACGCAGCUAUUUCCCCAUGAAGAGUGAUGCGUCUAUGGAUGUUUUUCUUACAUUUGAAGAUGGAGAGCCCUCACCUGGUAACAGUUUCCUGCAGAUGGAUGGGACCAGAAAGGUCCAGAAGAUUAUCACAGAUCCAGGGUGUGAACCUUCAUCUGCUGGAACUGAUGUUCAGGGAAACUACAAAUUAAAUCUGAUGAAGAAGUUUUAUCAUGUAAAUGAUGUGAUAACAAACCAAGGAAACCAAACACUUCUUAACGAAAUCUACACAGAGCUCUACAUCACAGAAGGAAAAAGUGGAAAAGUCAAUAAUGAACAUGAGGUGAGACAGAUUGAGGCAGCAUCCAGGAGAGCAGCAACAGAGGAAACACCAAUCAAAUGCAAUGACAUCUUUAAACCUUUAUCUGAAGAAGACAAACCCAUCAGGAGCGUUCUGACAAAGGGAGUUGCUGGCAUUGGAAAAACAGUCUCUGUGCAGAAAUUCAUUCUAGACUGGGCUGAAGGGAAAACAAAUCAGGAUGUUUAUCUCAUAUUUCCACUUCCUUUCAGAGAGCUCAAUCUGAUGAAGGACCAAAAACUGAGUCUGAUGAAGCUUCUUCAUUUCUUUAAGGAGAUAAAAGAAACAAACUUUUCCAGUCUGCACAAAGUUCUGUUCAUUUUUGAUGGUUUGGAUGAGUGUCGUUUCCCUCUGGAUUUCCAGAACACAGUGAGAGUGUGUGAUGUAACUGAAUCAGCAUCAGUGAAUGUGCUGCUGAUAAACCUGAUCAAAGGGAAUCUGCUUCCCUCUGCUCUCAUCUGGAUCACCUCCCGACCUGCAGCAGCUGAUCAAAUCCCCUCUGAGUGGAUUAAUCGAGUCACAGAGGCACGAGGGUUCAAUGACCUACAGAAGGAGGAAUAUUUCAUUCAGACAAACAUCAUCAAGAAAAAGUACACAGAGAGCAGAGAGGCAGAUAAAGAAAUGGUUCUGAAACUGGGUAAACUGGCUUUCAGGCAGCUGAUGAAAGGAAACCUGAUCUUCUAUGAGGAAGACCUGAGAGAGUGUGGCAUUGGUGUGACUGAAGCAUCAGUGUAUUCAGGUGUGUGUACACAGAUCUUCAGAGAGGAGUUUGGACUUCACCAGAGUAAAGUGUACUGCUUUGUUCAUCUGAGCAUUCAGGAGCACCUCGCAGCUCUGUAUGUACACCUGAAAUUGAUGAUUGAAAAGAAAAAUGUUUUUAAAAAGACAACAACCAACAUACUGAGGCCAAAAUUUACAAUCUCAGAUGUACACAAGAGUGCUGUAGAUCAGGCUUUAAAGAGUAAAAAUGGACAUCUUGACCUUUUUCUUCGCUUUCUUCUGGGUCUCUCACUGGAGUCCAAUCAGUCCCUCUUACAAACCAUAGUGAGACUCAGAAGAAGUAGCUCCAACCAUAACCAGGAAACAGUUCAUUACAUCAAGGAGAAGAUCAGAGAGAAUCCCUCAACAGAGAAAUCCAUCAAUCUGCUCCACUGUCUGAAUGAACUGGGAGAUCAUUCUCUAGUUGAGGAAAUCCAACACUACCUGAAGUCUAGAAAUUUACAACAAAACAAACUUUCUCCAUCUCAGUGGUCAGCUGUGGUGUUUAUGUUACUGACCUCAGUGCAGGAACACAAUGUGUUUGUCCUGAAUAAAUAUAUUAACAAUCACUGUACAUCAGACAAGGUUCUUCUGAAGCUCCUGCCUGUGGUUGCAGCAUCCAGAAAAGCUGAGUUUAAUAAUUGUGGCCUAAAUGAGGAAGGUUUUGCAGCUUUGGUCUCAGUGCUCAGCUCUGAAUCCUCCAAUCUGAGAGAACUGGAUCUGUCUAGGAAUAAAAUCAGAGACUCAGGAGUGAAGUGUCUCUCUGCUGUACUGGAGAAUCCUGACUGUAAACUGGAGACACUGGGGUUGUCUGGUUGUGAAAUCUCAGAUGAAGGCUGUGAUGCUCUGACUUCAGCUCUGAGAUCAAACCCCUCACACCUGAGAGAACUGGAUCUGUCUGUGAAUAAACUCAGAGACUCAGGAGUGAAGUGUCUCUCUGCUGUAUUGAAGAAUCCUCACUGUAACCUGGAGACACUGAGGUUGUGUAAUUGUAAAAUCUCAGUUGAAGGCUGUAUUGAUCUGGCUUCAGCUCUGAGAUCAAACCCCUCACACCUGAGAGAACUGGAUCUGUCUGUGAAUAAACUCAGAGAUUUAGGAGUGAAGUGUCUCUCUGCUGUACUGAAGAAUCCUCACUGUAAACUGGAGACACUGAGGUUGUAUAGUUGUGAAAUCUCAGGUGAAGUCUGUGCUGCUCUGACUUCAGCUCUGAUAUCAAACCCCUCACACCUGAGAGAACUGGAUCUGUCUUGGAAUAAACUCAGAGACUCAGGAGUAAUGUGUCUUUCUGAUCUACUGGAGAAUUCUUACUGUAAACUGGAGACACUGAGGUUGCGUGGUUGUGAAAUCUCAGGUGAAGGCUAUGCUGCUCUGACUUCAGCUCAGUUAUCAAACCCCUUACACCUGAGAAACCUGGAUCUGUCUGGGAAUAAACUCAGAGACUCAAAAGAAUCAGCUCUUCAGUCUUAAGCUACAGAACCUGAGUAUGUGAAGAAUUUUCACCUGAACCACUCUGGCUGUUUUCCCCUGAUCUCCCUCAUCAACAAGGAGUUUCCACACACAUAACUGUGUGUAACACAUAAAACUCCAAGCAGCUCAUCUGCAAAAAUCAGACUUUUUCUUCAUUCUGAUGUUUGAUGUAAACAAUAACUCAAGCUCUUGACCUGCAUCUGUAUGAUUUUACACAUUGUGCUGCUGCCAUCUGAUUAGCUGAAUAUAAGCAGGUGUACUGAACAAUGUGAGUGUAAUAUACUGAGUACAGUGGGUGGAUGUCCAAGAACUUUCUGUAAGUUAUUUAUUUAUUUAGUUGUUUGUUUAUUUAUUUAUUUAUUUAUUUAUUUACAAAGUACAAAAUAUUAACACUACUCUGCUCUAACUCUUCAAAUCCAACAGGUUAUUUUUAAUUCAUUAUAAAAUAUACAUUUUUAAUUGGUAGAUGCUCAAACCCCAUGUAGUUUAGGGUUAGGGUUACAGUGAGCUGUUCUAUAGAAUAAAAUGUACUGUAGAAUUUCUAAAUCAUAAAAAUCUGUCAGUUUCAACAGAGCCAGGAUGCUAUUUUAAAGCAUUAUAAAAUGGACAUUUUAAAUUAGUAAAUGAUUAAACCCACUCAGCUGAUCGCCAUGAGCUACAAUAUGCUGAAAAAAGUUAUUCUUUUGACAUUAAAUUUAAAAGAUCUAUUAACUGAAUUAAGUUAAGACAAGAUUAAUCUAAUAUAAAAUGCUCACUUCUAAUGGUGAUCUAUUUUGCUCUAAUAGAGGAUUCACAGUGUUGCAGUGGGUAGCAUUGGUACUUUACAGCACCAGGUUUCUGGGUUUGAUCCUGUGCUUGGUUUAAGAGUUUCACAUGCUCAUGUGGGUUUCCUUUGGGUUCCUUUAAACUUGAAAUUGAAAUGUGUUAACCUUCUAGAAAAAAAUAAAAAAUUAUACAAUUAAAAAAUUUAAUUAAUACAAUUUUAUUCAGCUCUGAACUGAUAUAAGUGGGUUUGAUCAUCUACCAAUUUGAAAUGUCCAUUUUAUAAUACAGUAAAUUAACCACCUGAAACAAUUAUACUGACUGAUCCAGUGGCUUAUAAUUGCAAUUGCUUUAAAAUUCUGUAGAAAAGUCAAUCAUCUGUACUGUAAGUAUAGAGUAGAUUAUUCAUGGGUGUAGAUCUGGUUUAGACAUUUUGGGGUCGAAGUGUGAAUCGGUAUGAUUUCCCAUAUUUUAUCUAAUUCAAUUAAAAAACAAAGUAAACUGAAUGAAGAAACUGUUUUUGUUAUAUCUGUUUAUCUCUGUUUAUCGUUGUUUAUUGCUAAUUUGCUGUAUUGAUUGUUAUGGUUAUACUGCAGUGAAUUAGCUAGCUAGCUACAAUAUGUGUGGAAUGUUGUUAGCUAGAUUACACCAUAUUAUCCUAACUCCUCCUGAGUACAUUUCUACUGAGUAUAUUUUACUCUCCCACUGUGUCCAGCGAUGCAAAAUAGUGUACUGAACAGCUUUUCUCUUCCUCUUUAAAGCUAGCUGUGAUCUGCUCCCACAGUCACAUGGUUCAUGCAACAUGCUGCGAGGAGACAGUUGCAAGAUACCAACUAGUGUGGGGCGGGGGGAUGGGGGGGUUUGGCUUUUGGCAUUCUUACAUCUUAUUUAUUGUGACAACUCGAAAUCGAUUAGUAACAUCAAUAAUGUUACAAAAUAAAUUACUUCUACAGUCAUACACGUCUUAAUAUUUCAUAGCGUUGCUCUUUAAACCUCAUAGUUU